AUGAAGAAACAAUCUAGUCGCUCGCCAGACUUUAGUAAUAUUCCGGGUGCACGUGUUCCUAAAUCAAUGACAAAAAGUAAUCGAGUACUCGAGAUCAGUAAAAAGCAAGCCGAUGAAGCAUUCAGAAGUUGUUUGGAAAUGGUACGCAAGCAUGAUGUCGACAGCUAUUUAGCAAUAUUAACAAUGAACAAGAAAGCGCAACCAGAAAUCGUGGCGCUGAAUGCGUUGAACGUGGAAUUGGCUUCAAUCCGGGACAAAGUUGAUACAAGACGAGGUGAUACUUCGGCAAUGUAUCGCUUACAAUUCUGGAAGGAUGCCAUUUCUUCUAUCUAUGGACUAUCUCCAUUACCCGUUCCCAGACAACCUGUUGCUAUCGGUCUUUGCUCUUUUGCUUCUCGUGCUGAUCAUAAUAUGCUUCUGAAACUAGUCGAAACUCGUCAAUCAACUAUCGGUGAUCGCCAAUUUCCUGAUAUUAAUGCUUUAAGCGAAUAUGGUAAAUCCACAAUCGGGUCUCUCUUGUGCCUCCAAAUUGAUGCUCUUGCACGCAUAUUUGCCGACACUAAAGUUCUUCCGAUGGCUUAUGAUGUUGCAAAAGAUCUGGGAGCUGCGUAUGCUAUCGCCAACAUAAUCCGUGCUACUCAUCCCCUUCUGGCUCGCGGAAUAGUUCUUCUUCCUGUCGAUGUGAUGUCUCUAAAUGGGGCCACUCCAGACAGUCUCUAUAAGAAAAAGAAGUUGGAUGAGGCGUGUGGAGUGACGAGAGAUUUAAUCAACGAAUCAAAGCGACUAUUGAACGAUGUUCGCAGCCGGAUUGAUAUGGUUCCGAAGGCAGUGAGACCAGCGCUUGCAGCUACCGGAACCAUUACGGACUAUAUCAUCAAGACAGUCGAAAGUAACAAAUAUGAUAUCUAUUCUCCUCAUCUUCAACGCAGAAAUCCACUUCUUCUCUGGUCUCUUUUGGUCAAAAAAUUGUGCUCAAAGUUUUGA